AUGGUUGCUCCUGUGAAGUUUGGGCAGUUUUUGAGAGUGGACCAAGACAAAGACAGAGAAUGCAGCCUGGACUGUGCAGGUUCCCCUCAGAAAUCGCUCUGCGCAUCUGAUGGAAGAACUUUUCUGUCCCGGUGUGAAUUUCAGCGAGCAAAAUGCAAAGACCCUCAGCUGGAAAUAGCUUAUCGGGGCAACUGCAAAGAUGUUUCCAGAUGUGUGGCUGAGAGGAAGUAUACCCAGGAACAAGCUCGCAAGGAAUUUCAACAAGUGUUUAUCCCAGAAUGCAAUGACGAUGGCACAUAUAGUCAGGUUCAGUGCCAUAGUUACACUGGAUACUGCUGGUGUGUCACUCCCAAUGGUCGUCCUAUCAGUGGUACUGCUGUGGCCCACAAAACUCCCCGGUGCCCAGGUUCAGUGAGUGAGAAACUGCCACAACGAGAAGGUGCAGGAAAAACAGAUGAUGCCUCAGCUCCCGCGCUGGAGACUCAGCCUCAAGGUGAUGAAGAAGAUAUAGCUUCUCGUUAUCCUACCUUAUGGACUGAGCAAGUAAAGAGUAGACAAAACAAAACCAAUAAAAGCUCAGCAUCAUCAUGUGAUCAAGAACUUCAGUCAGCCCUGGAGGAAGCUAAGCAGCCCCAGAAAGACAAUGUGUUCAUUCCAGAGUGUGCUCAGGGUGGCCUCUACAAACCAGUGCAGUGCCAUCCUUCCACAGGCUACUGCUGGUGUGUUCUGGUGGAUACGGGACGUCCCAUCCCUGGUACAUCAACAAGGUAUGAACAACCCAAGUGUGACAACGGUGCCAGAGCUCACCCAACCAAAACAAAGGAUUUGUAUAAAGGACGCCAGCUUCAAGGUUGUCCUGGGGCCAAGAAGAAUGAGUUCCUGACUAGUGUUUUGGAUGCAUUAUCCACGGAUAUGGUGCAUGCAGUCUCUGAUCCAUCAUUGUCUUCUAGCCGAGUUUCAGAGCCUGAUCCAAAUCAUACCCUGGAAGAGAGAGUGGUCCAUUGGUAUUUCAAACAGCUAGAUAAAAAUUCCAGUGGUGACAUUGGCAAGAAAGAAAUCAAGCCAUUUAAGAGAUUCCUAAGAAAGAAAUCAAAACCCAAAAAAUGUGUGAAGAAGUUUGUGGAAUACUGUGAUGUGAACAAUGAUAAGUCCUUAUCAGUUCAAGAAUUAAUGGGCUGCUUGGGAGUAACAAAAGAAGAAGGUAAAGCAGAAACAAAGAAACGCCAUACAGCCCCUAAAACCAACACUGAGAGCACUUCAUCCAGCAGGCAGCAAGUUUCUAAGAAGCAAGGUUGAACAGCUUACUGAUCCAAGGCAGAUCUCUGACAUGUGGGAGAUUUCCUCACCAAAAGGCAAUAAAAACAACUGUAGUAUUUGCACUUUGUAUUAAAAAUGUAAAUUCACUUUGUAGAAAUGAAAUAUUUAAACAGACUUUUUUUUAAUCUGUGAAAAUAUAAUGGCUAGUUUUGAAAAAUUAUCACAUACAAUGUAUGUGUAUUCUUUUGUUGUCUGAAAUAUGUAAAACGUGUUGGAGAUGUAAAAGUUUGCAUUUAAACCAUUUUUUAAAAAAAUAGCUUUCUGGCAAAGAGUAGCAUAGAAACCUGAUUCUAUGUAUUUUGGUUUCAAUAGUAUGCCUUGUUUUUCUUAAUCAAUACUGUCAUUUAAGUAGAGUUAUGCUGAAAAGUCUACUGUAUUCUCAAUUUUGUCCAAGCAGUGUUGGAUGUUUCAGGUUUGCAGGACUGAGGGAAGUGUGUAAAUUGCUGUUUACUUGGUUUUGCAGUUUUUAACUGAACAGAUUUUUCAUCGGUGGCAAUAUUUUAUUUCAUUUUGGUUUUAUUGUUAUUAUUAUGCUUUCCAAAGAUCAUGCAAUGAGAAUGCAACCACUAAUGGAUUCAACACAGUUAUUCUACAGUUAGGAUACUUGUAGAAAAAUGUAUCCCUUUAUUCAUUUUUGAGGUGCCUUCCAUUAUAAGUUUUGGUAGGAUUUUUUCCCCUCAAGGAGUAAGGUGGAUUGUAAUGUCACUUCAGUCUGGUUCAGCCUGGGCCUAAAAGCAUGUUUC